CAAUCUUCGAUCAGCUGAUGCGUACAAUAUAGUGUUUUUGAACCUCCAAAGUCAAAAUUAAACCCCUCUCCAUCGCAGCUGUCAUCCUAACCCAUAACCCCACUACAGAAUACACGUCAAAACUAACCAUAUCCCAUAUCUCAACCAUCAAUAUCAUUCAACAACAAGAAUAAACAUUCAGCGUGUUGUUUAUCAACGAGGGGGCAAAGUCUCGUGACAAGGUCCUUUUGAAGGUGACCUUAUGUCGUUUACUUUCCCCUUGUGAAGAUCUCUACCAGUUCUAGUUCUACUCCGGCAGUCCGCCUACAAACUCAUAACAGCAUCAAAAUGACGACCUACUUCAACUACCCCGAUGAGAAGCUGCAACAGGAGUUGCGCAGAAUUGCCAACCAGAUUGUGGCCCCUGGAAAGGGUAUUCUGGCCGCUGAUGAGUCAGUCCCCACCAUGGGCAAGCGUCUUGCCGAUGUUGGCUUGGAAAACCUUGAAGAACACCGCAGGAGGUACAGGGAGCUCUUGUUCUCCACUGACAAGUCGAUCAGCCAAUACAUAUCCGGAGUGAUCCUAUUCCACGAGACCCUUUACCAGAAGGCAUCAAGUGGCAAGUCUUUCGCAGAUCUGCUCAAAGAGAAGGGAAUCCUGAUCGGAAUCAAGGUGGAUAUGGGCACAGUUCCUCUGUUCGGUUCUUUGAACGAGGUGACCACUCAGGGUUUGGAUAAUCUGGAUGCUCGCUGCGCCCAGUACAAGAAGGACGGCUGUGACUUCGCCAAGUGGCGUUGUGUCAUCAAGAUCGGAACUCACACUCCAUCCUACCAGGCCAUCUUGGAGAAUGCCAACGUUCUGGCACGCUAUGCUGCCAUCUGCCAGUCUCAUGGCAUUGUUCCCAUUGUUGAACCAGAGGUUCUACCUGACGGUGACCACAACCUGGACCGUGCCCAGAAGGUGACCGAAGCGGUGGUGGCCGCGGUGUACAAGGCACUGAGUGACCACCACGUUUACCUGGAGGGCACCCUGCUUAAGCCCAACAUGGUGACCCCAGGUAUGUCGUGUCCUCAACGCAACACACCUCAAGAGAUCGCUCUGGCCACAGUGACCGCUCUCUCUCGCACCGUGCCCGCCGCUGUUGCCGGUAUCACCUUCCUCUCAGGUGGUCAGUCCGAAGAGGAGGCGUCAGUUCAUCUGGACGCCAUCAACAAGUGUCCAGGUCGCAAACCUUGGCCACUCACCUUCAGCUACGGCAGAGCUCUGCAGGCCUCUGUACUCCGCGCUUGGGCUGGAAACGAGGCCAACGUUGCCAAGGGCCAGGAUGAGCUCAUCAAGAGGGCUAAGGCCAACUCUGAAGCAGCUCUGGGCAAAUACACGGCAGGAUCAGUUUCUGGAGCGGCAGGAGACGCCGGUCUCUUCAUUAAGAACCACACCUACUAGAAAUAGUCUCAAUUUGUCUUGUACUGAAAUUUAUGACAAUAUUUAUUCCUCUAACAAUUGUGGGGUACGUUAGCACCAAAUGAUUUCAAAACAAUGAUCUUCCUAUAAACUAGUGUUUAUCUUCACAAAAAUCAGAUCAUAUGAUGCUGAAACUUGCAAGUUUAAAUUAAAUAGUGGGAAAUAUUCAGAGUGCAGUAAACUAUUGGUACAAAGUAACUUGUAUUGCCUUAUUACUCAUGUUAAGCUCUUUCUCACUUUGAUAUUUAUUAAGAUAAUAAAACUUGAAGAUCGUUGUAAAUUAUUACUAUUUUGUUAUACUAUUUGUUGAUAACUUUCCAAACCUUUAUAUGUUUCAAACACAAUUCUCCACAUCUAAUAGAUAACCCAAAUUUGUAUAACUUGUUGAUUUAUUAUAUAUUUUUAUAUGGGUGUUCUUUGGAUAGAAUCUUUAUCAUCUUUACCACCUUCAACCUCCAGCCCAGUUCCUCUUCAUUUUUUAUUCUAUUUUCUUCCAUUUCCUGCGUUCUCAUCACAAAACCCUCCUAUAUGUUGUUUUGUCUGAUCGCUGCCGUUGGUUUGAUUACGAAUGCUGUUUCAAUUUUUGGUAUAUAUAAAUAUAUUUAUGUAAACAGAUUUUCUUACAAUAAAGAAGUAUUUUAUCAAU